UCGGUUAAACAAUAAGCCGUGGCUCAACAAGGCGGAAGAAGUUGCCGCGCAUGCAGCUCGUGGCGCGGGUCCCGUACCAACAAGAAUUGCCAGAUUGUCCCGCGGCUGUGUGACAGAUAGUUUACAGCGAGGGAAAGAGGAAGAAGAAGAAUUACGGGGACGGCCAGCCAUUGAGUGGACCUUUGUUGGAGAUAGUGCCAUUGUUACGCCUCGUGCUUCGAUGAAUUGGGGAGCGAUGGACAGCGGCGAGCACGGCGAUGGGCAGGAUGCGGCGCAUACCUACCAUCCCAUCAGGACAGACGCUUACGUGGAGUUCAUCGACGCAGGCACCGGAAGAGAACUGUCGAACGACGCAUCUUCCCCAAGCUCUGGUUCAGCAGCCCCGGAGGCUGCAAACCCGGUUUUGUCGGGCAACAAGCCUGGUCGAAUUCCUCGCCCACCGAACGCAUUUAUGAUCUUCGCCCAGGAGUUCAGGCGUCCAACAGCCAUAAGGCACCCUGAGGAAAACAACAAGAAGAUCAGUACGCGGUUGGGACACAUGUGGCGGGCCAUGAGUGACAUUGAAAAGGAAGGCUACCAUCGCAAGGCCAAGAUGGCUGUAGUGGAACACAAGAGAAAAUAUCCGAAUUACGUCUACAACCCCCGGGAGGCUCGGCAGCGUCGAGCUGAGGAGCGGAAGGCAAAGCUCAUGGCCAACCAGCUCAGGAAGUGUGUGGGAGGAUGCACGGCCAACUCAACCGAGAUGACACUCGACACCUCCACGACGCGGAUGGCUCCCGUAUCCACAUCGAUGGACGCUUCGCGCCAAAGUCCGUUAGUGGAGUCGGUGUGGUCGCAGAUUCGUCCAACCAACUCUUCGAACCAGCAGCGAAACAGCAGCAGUAACGAGUUAUUUCGUGUUCACCCUUCCCCAUCGAGCUCUUCCUGCACCACACAGGAACUACCAGCAAUCAUGGCUAAACAACACCGACCAAAGAUGCGUUUACCUGGACUGCCAUCAACAGUCAGUAGCUACCCUAUGAAGUUCUACAAGCAAUCUUCUUCAUGGCCGGUCCAACAACCUAUGGAGCGACAUCCGCCGGUGUACCAGCAAAUGACUCUCUUCCGUGCCAACCAACAACCAGGAAGACACACGCCUCUGGUCGGACAGGGCCAGCGAAUCUACAACGACUGUAGUUCGCGAAUGUACCGACUGGAAGAGAGUCGGCCACAGGACUUCGAGGAGCAGCCAAUGGGUGCGGAUUUCCACAGCGACGAUUGGGAUCAGCAGUUCCACGCUCAGCACAGAGUCUCUCCAGUGAAUCCUCUCCGGCAUGCGGGCCUUGUCCCUUCUGGUGUCGCCAUUGUACAGGGAGCUCCUACGGAGACCGCCUUCAGCGUAAUUCCACAAGCAAAAAGAUCUUCCCAGGGUAUGCUAUGCUCUCCGCGGCCCAUUAUCCAAUCCCAUGCCGUGCGCAUCUGGCCUCCGGAGCCUCAAGGAUACUCCUGUUUCAGCCAGCCGGCGUUAAAGUAUUCCGUCUACUCAGGCUGCUGUUCUCUGGCCGUGCCGCUUGCAGUGUCUCGGGUCCCACACAACGCACAUGCUACCAGUGAUGCUAUCUACAACCACAUCCCUCGACCAAGCUGCUCCGCAAGCCGUGAGAUGCCGUCCAACGCCGUCCGCAGACUCUUGAGCCCUACGAGGCAGACAGUUUGCCACGACCAUUUAUUUGAGCCUACAGUGAGCUGUCCGAGAGUCUCACCUUAUCCUCAAAUCUCAGUGACCUCAGGCGUCGAUGGAGACCAAAUACACGCACGAAGAGCACCGACUAACGGAGGUCCAGGGAGAGGCAGUGUAGACACUACGCAGGAUGUUGAGAAAGAGGAGAGAAUGGUUGCCGCUACGUCGACAUCGGACUAUAUGCCGUUUAAAAAGAGCAUCAUAAACAGAGAGCUGAAUGGUAGCAGUCCAAUUUCUGUCGCAGCGACUAAACUCUUUUAACGGGUUACGUACAGAUGUUAUCAUCUGGCUUUGUGUGGUUGAGAUUCAGUUCAUGUUGUGUACAGUGUCGUUCUGUUGGAUGUGUCUUAAUGUUGUGCGGUUUAAUAAAAAAAAAAUGUAACAGAAG